AUGAGACCCAUCUCAGCAUUGUGUUGUCUCCUCCUACUUAUGCUGUUAGCAGAAGAAGCUACAUCCUUUUCCAGAAGACAUGAAAUGCUCUCAUCGUUCCAGGCAAAGCUUCAUCAAAGAGGACUCACCGGUCCAACCAAACCGCCUCUCUCGUCACUGUUCCAAGCUUCAAACGUCACUAGGGAUGGGAGAGUGUUCUAUCCGAUCGGGUACGGGGCAGACCCGACCGGAGCAAAUGAUAGCACAGAAGCCAUAGCAAAAGCAUUGGAGGAAGCUUUUCAGUUGGAAAGCGGGCUUGAAAUGCUUCCUGGAAUCACAGACUUGGGAGGCGUUGUCAUUGAUCUCCAAGGUGGAAAUUACAAGAUUGCCCAGCCUUUAAGGUUCCCUCCAAACAGAGGCAACAUUGUGAUACAAGGAGGAACGCUGCGAGCCUCUGAAACAUUUCCCGGUGACCGCCACCUAGUCGAACUAUGUUCUACAAAUUCCCAAAAGCUUAGAGAGAAAACCUCCAUCAGCAAUCAAUUCUUCUUUGAUAAAAAAGUCGCAACCGGUGCAGGAAUCUACUACGAAGACAUCACCUUUCGAGAUAUACUAUUCGAUUCAAGCUUCAGAGGAGGAGGCAUUUACAUAGUUGAUUCAGCUCGAAUUCGUAUAACUAAUUGCUUCUUCCUACACUUCACAACACAAGGGAUUCUAGUCGAAAAGGGCCACGAAACCUACAUAUCAAACACCUUCUUGGGACAACACUCCACAGUUGGUGGUGACAAAGGCGAGAGACAAUUUACCGGCACAGCCAUCGAUCUCGCUAGCAAUGACAACGCCGUAACUGAUGUCGUAAUUUUCUCGGCUGAAAUCGGAAUUGUUUUAAGGGGUCAGGCUAACAUGGUCACAGGGGUACAUUGUUAUAACAAGGCAACUGGCUUUGGGGGUGUAGGCAUUUUGGUCAAGUUAGCAGGAAACUCACAAACUAGGAUUGACAAUUGCUACUUGGAUUUCAAUGCUAUAGUCAUGGAAGACCCAGUUCAAGUUCAUGUGACCAAUGGGUUCUUUUUGGGUGAUGGUAAUGUGGUGCUGAAAUCUGUGAAUGGCAAAAUUUUAGGGUUAAAUAUUGUGAACAAUAUGUUCACUGGGAACCCCAAAAGUAUGGUUCCCAUGGUUCAAUUAGAUGGGCAAUUUGUGGACAUUGAUCAAGUGGUGAUUGACCAGAACAAUGUGAUUGGGAUGAGCUUGAAAUCAACAGUAGGGAGACUAAGUGUGGAGGGAAAUGGGACGAAAUGGGUGGCUGAUUUUUCUUCUCAGUUGGUCUUUCCCAAUCGGAUUAAUCAUUUUCAGUAUUCUUUACAAACGAAAGGGGAAACCAAGUUUACAGCACAUGCUGUGACAAAUGUAUCGAACAAUGUGGUGGUUGUAGAGAGUCAAAAUGAGGUAAAUGGUGUGGUUUCUAUGAUCGUUCACCAGUAAAAUAUUAUGGUUGGAGGAUGAUUUCUUAAUGUGA